UGUUACACGUUUCGUGGUUUUUCGAAAAAAACACACACACUUUUUUUUCUAAAAGAUAACAUAAAAAAUAAUUUAAGAAAAUGAAAUACACAGCUUUUGUCUUAGUGUCUUUGGCUGUCUUCGGCGCCGUCUUUGCCGAAGAAAAAGCUGAGGAAGAAGUGGUUAAAGUUUACAAACGUCUUAUCCCAGCUGAUGUCUUAAGAGAUUUCCCCGGCAUGUGCUUCGCCAGCACCCGUUGCGCCACCGUUGAGCCCGGCAAGUCCUGGGACUUGGCACCAUUCUGCGGCAAAUCCACCUGCGUCGUAACCGAAGAAAGCCCUGCUCUACUCGAAUUGGUUGAAGACUGCGGACCAUUGCCUUUGGCCAACCCCAAGUGCAAACUGGACACUGAAAAGACCAACAAAACCGCCCCAUUCCCUGGAUGCUGCCCCAAAUUCGUAUGUGAAGAUGGUGCUAAACUCGAAUACCCAGAGUUGCCAAAACCCCAAGAAGAGGCCGCUGACUCAACAACCACCAAGGCUUAAGUCUCUUAAAUAUAUCUGAAUUUUUAAAACAUUUAUUUAAGUUUAGAUAAAAAAAAACUCAUCAUAUAAGAAACAUUCCACCACCAAAAUAGAAGAUAAAAACAAAUGCAAUAUCAUGAAAACAGCUAAAAUUUCCUUUGGAGUGAUGCUAUUCAUAAACCAAAUUGGAUCAUAAUCAACUGUACCUAUAGAAUUAAGUUUAAAAAUAUAUGAUAAGAGAUAUUUCAUGGUGAUAAAUUAUUUUGGAGAUUGAGAAACACAAACUAAGUCUUAAAAACAGUUAAGAUAAUAAUGUCGAAAAAGAACAAAAAAAAAAAUUACAUUAACCGCUUGAUUAUAAGUUUCGUAUUAUUUUGAUUUGAAAAUUUACUCAAAUAUUUUUGCACAAUCUUUUACAUAUAGAUAAUAAUAGCAUGUAUAAAAAGUUUCUAUGAUAAAGAAAUGUAUUAUUACAUGUAAGUUAUAUAAAAAUAUUAAAAAAGCAAUAAAAAAAUUCUUAUAAUUGAUACUUAUUCUACGGUUUUUGAUUUUGAAAAAUUUAAACUUUGUUUUGUAGUUUGCUUUCUUUUAUUUUUUAAACUUAAUGUGUUAUAUAAAUGUAUUUUUUAUAUUAUAUGCUACUAUGUUUUGUUUAAAAAAUAUGCUGUGAUUAAAUUUAAAUAAU